AUGGGGAGCGGCAAGGCGUCGUCCCCGCCAGGCGCCCCCGCUGCCGGCGGGAGCGGCUCGCCGCCGGGCGGCGCCGUCGUCUGCUGCAUGUGCGGCGACCGGGGCCUCCUGCCCGAGCUCUUCCGCUGCUCCGCCUGCUCCGUCCGCUCCCAGCACACAUACUGCACGGAUCGGUACCCGAAGGUGGAGUCGUACGGCACCUGCAACUGGUGCCUCAGGGUGGAUGGGGGCGUGGCUUCUACUUCUAACUCACCGAGAUCCGCCGGCAAAGCGGCUGUCCGGUCGGCUCCUCACGGCGGUGACACGACCGGCAGCGGCAGCGGAAGAUUGCCGAAGGUUGCCGCUCGCGGCGACUUUGCAUCUUCCAACCUGAGCAAGCCUAUCAAGAAGCAGCAGCAGCAUGCGCAGCGUCUCUUGCUGCGGCGGUCGGCGUCGGACCUUGGCAGCCGCGUCGUUCGUACCGACCACGACGCGCCUCCGCCGUCUCCCGGCGUCGCGCGUGGCAGGCCGAGGGUCCGGAGGUACAAGCUCCUGGAAGAGGUGAUCACUAGCUAG